AUGGAAGGAUAUAAGCAUACUGGCCCUGUGAAUUGCGACGUGGAUUUUGAUCCAAGCAAUCUUAAAGGAAAGACGGCUAUUGUAACUGGAGGUGCCAAUGGUAUCGGCGAAGCAUAUGUUCGCGCCCUCGUCGCUGUAGGAGUUACUGUCUGUAUCGGAGACCGCGACAUUGCAGGAGGAAAGAAAUUGGCAGCUGAACUUCAUAGGAUCACAAAAUUCGUCGAGUGCGAUACUACCAAGUGGGACGACCAAGUUCGACUCUUUCGUGAAGCUGCAUCUUUUUCCCCGACGGGGAAGAUUGCCUACGUGGUAGCUAAUGCCGGCGUUAUCCGGCAAGAUGAUGUCUUCUCAUACUCUGGUGAAAACCAAGAGCCGGAAAAGCCUGACUUGAGUACAAUCGACGUCAACGUCAAGGGCACGCUGUAUACAGUCAAAUUGGCGCUUCAUUAUUUCGUCAAGCAGAAUGGACAGAAACCGUCCUCGACACGAGACGAUACUUGCUUGGUUUUGAUCGGUUCAGGAGCAGCAUUCCUGGACUGUCUCCGGAUUCCUCAGUACUCUGCCACCAAAUGGGCCAUGCGAGGUAUCAUGCAUUCAUUGAGAAGGACGGCUUUCUACUAUGGCAGUCGCGUGAACGUAAUCUCUCCGUGGUAUGUCAAAACCAAAAUUUUGUCCGAAGAAGCCUUCGCACAUGUCGUCGAAGCGGGCGUGCAAUUUGCGGAAGCAGAAUCUGCCGGUCAAUGUCUCUUGCGGAUACUCAGUGAUGCUAGUAUCAACGGCCACUCCUUUUUCAUAGCAGCAAAGAAAUGGGCUUCGCGAGGAUACAUGGAUCUAGAUCUGGAAGAUUAUCCGGGAGAUGCACUCUUACAGGAGAUUCAGGAGGAUCAAAUGAAGUCCGCCCCGGUUUCGAUGGGGCUCUUCGUAUAG